ACGACGAAACCAACGUCCUUUCUCGUCAGUGUUCAGGUGAUAGACAAACAAUAACCACGGUUGAUGUUAACUAAUUGGUUCAUCAAGCAGUAAAUAUGCCUUUAUUAGGGGUGGCGAUGGCACAACCUGCCAACGGCGGGUUUACCGAGAGCAGGUUUAUGUUACCACAAGAUGAUCCAUUACCAAAUAAUCGAACAGUGAGCAAAAAGUACAUGUACAUGAAAGGUUUCGAAAUGAUACUGAUCAUCAUGACAGUCACGUUUUUCGCUUUGGCAAUAAGAGGUAAGGACGGAUGCACCGAUGCAGACGUCGUCCUGGCUUUCUUCUUCGGUGGCCUCACGGUAUUUCCAACGCUCAUCUUGGUCUUACUACCAGUAAAAUCCUCCAACAGCGUUGAAAUGCUUCUGCUGAACGGUGUUUGUAGCGCGCUGCUCUUCGUUUCCGGUUUCAUCCUCUUCGCUUCGUGGCAUCAGCUGCAACCGGAGGUGUUGGCGCAGGAAGCGCAAUUCGCCGAGGUCGAGACGAUAGCAAUUUACAAGUUCAUCGCAGCUCUUUCAUCGGUCAUCACAGCAAUCAUGUAUAUGGCAGAAGCCUUUUUCCAAGCCCUCGAAAAGUUCCGCUGCAUCUGAAGCUUUUGAAUUAAUCACUUUAAUCAGCAAAAAUAACUCUAUAAUCUCAUUUUCUAAAGUUUCGAUCUACCUUAUUUUUUUAUCUAGAAUUAUAUUUAUAUUGAUACUCAACGCAGUAGU